AUGCGGUCCGCUGGUACCCGGUCCUCACACACCUGCCGGCACACCAAGGGCAUGGAUGGGGGCACGGAGGGGAUGGAUGGGGGCACGGAGGGGAUGGAUGGGGGCACGGAGGGCAUGGAUGGGGGCACGGAGGGGAUGGAUGGGGGCACGGAGGGCAUGGAUGGGGGCACGGAGGGGAUGGAUGGGGGCACGGAGGGGAUGGAUGGGGGCACGGAGGGCAUGGAUGGGGGCACGGAGGGGAUGGAUGGGGGCACGGAGGGGAUGGAUGGGGGCACGGAGGGGAUGGAUGGGGGCACGGAGGGGAUGGAUGGGGGCACGGAGGGGAUGGGGGAGGGGAGAGGGGGAAAGGGCACGCCCCCAAACCCUCACCUCUCUCCGCCCUCUCCCCGCCCCCACCUCUCCCCACUCCCCCACGGCUUCCCCACAAUCCUUCCCCCCUCUUCCCACACCCCGCCCCCACCACUUCUCUUCCCCGCCGCCCCUCCUUGA